AUGUCUCCUGCUCCAGACUCAGGUUUGGGCUAUACCCCACCAGAUGGGGGCUGGGGAUGGGCAGUGGUGCUUGGAGCUUUCAUUUCUAUUGGCUUCUCCUAUGCAUUCCCAAAGGCCAUCACCAUCUACUUCAAAGAGAUCCAGGAAUACUUUGCUGUAUCGUACAGUGAGAUUGCAUGGAUAUCCUCCAUUAUGCUUGCUGUAAUGCAUGCAGGGGGGCCUGUUAGCAGUAUCCUUGUUAACCGGUAUGGCAGUCGACCCAUAGUCAUAGCUGGAGGGUUCAUGUGUAGUGUUGCAUUGGUAGCUGCCUCUUUUGGUUCUACCAUACUGCAUCUAUACUUGUGCAUUGGUGUCAUUGGAGGUUUUGGACUCUCCUUUAACCUUCAACCAUCUCUGACAAUAAUUGGGACAUAUUUCGAGCAAAGGAGACCUCUAGCAAAUGGCCUCGCCAUGGCGGGAAGUCCAGUUUUUCUUUCCACCCUGGCCCCGCUAAACCAGUUUCUGUUCAACAACUUUGGUUGGAGAGGAAGUUUCUUCAUUUUGGGGGCCAUGCUCUUGAAUUGCUGUGUUGCUGGAUCUCUGAUGAGGCCUGUUGACGGAGGCCUUCACGGAAAUAAGAGGACGCGGUCCAGCGGAGCGCUGAAGGAGACCUCUGCUGCAGAUGAUGGACUAAUGAACGGACAGGCGAGACGGGAGAAGGACAGCUGUAUGGAUGUUGUCAACCGAUUCCUGGACUUAUCUCUCUUUAAGCACAGAGGGUUUCUUAUUUACCUUGUGGGAAACGUAAUCUUGUUCUUUGGAAUUUUUGCUCCAAUAGUUUUCCUCACCCCUUAUGCCAAGCAACAGGGAGUGGACGAAUACUCUGCCGCUUUUCUGCUCUCCAUCCUGGCUGUGGUAGACAUGUUUGCCAGGCCGGGAACAGGCUUCUUUGCCACUACUAAGUGGAUCCGCCCCAAAAUCCAGUACCUCUUUAGUUUUUCCAUUAUCUGCAAUGGCAUUUGUCAUAUGCUGUGUCCCCUGGCCUCUGGUUACGAGGGACUGGUGGUUUACGCAGUUUUCUCUGGUGCAGCUUUUGGAAUGGUGUGUGCUUUGCUCUUUGAGUGUCUCAUGGACCAGGUGGGUCCACAGCGUUUCUCCAGUGCAGUGGGGCUGGUUACCAUCAUCGAGUGUUGCCCUGUUCUCCUCGGACCACCAGUUGGAGGCGCCAUGGUGGACGUCUUUGGCGACUACAAAUACAUGUACAUUAUGUGUGGGGCUCUGCUGCUGGUUGCUGGACUCUUCCUAUUCAUCAUGAACUAUUAUAACGAUAGGCUGCUAGAGAGGGAGAGGAAAGUCAAGGAGAAAGCAGUGGAGCUUAGGGAAGGAGAAGCACUGUGUGUGGCCCAGGAAAGCACGGCUGCUGGGGAGGACCAGCUGGAAGAUCUGGAGACUCCAAAAGGCCAAGUAGAGACGGAGAACAGCCAAGUAUAA